CGGUUCCCACGCCUCCGCCUCCGCUCCGCCCGCUCUCACCGCGGAGGACGAAGUCUGACAGAUCAGAUCAACUCCAGCCUCAUCUUCGCCUCCUUUGCCCGUAUCUCCGGGGAAGUUUUAAAAAGGAAGAUGUUUACUGUUCUUUCCCGUCAGCCCUGUGAACAACCAGUUGCCGUCCCAGUAUCAUGGAAAUCUCAAGCACUGCCACAGCCAGGCUUCAAGGCCCUAUCCCGGACCCCUGCCGUGGUUACCUUGGUGGUCUUGCUUGUAAGUGUGGCCGUGCUGGCAACCAUCACUAUCAUUCAGAGCAACCAGACAGAAGUCCUAGCCCCAGGCCUAAAGUAUGGGAUAGUGCUUGAUGCUGGCUCAUCCAGGACUACCAUCUACGUGUACCAGUGGCCCGCAGAGAAGGAAAACAACACAGGCGUGGUUAACCAGAUCUACAGGUGCAGCGUGAAAGGCUCUGGGAUCUCCAGUUAUAGAGAUAACCCGCAAGCCGUCCCCAGUGCUUUUGAAGACUGCAUGCAGAGAGUGAAGGAGAAGAUUCCAGCUGAUUUACACCAAAGCACACCGGCCCAUUUGGGAGCCACGGCAGGAAUGCGGCUGCUAAGGUUGCAAAACGAGUCCGCAGCUCGAGAAGUCCUUGCAAGCAUUCAAACCUACUUCGAGUCUCAGCCCUUUGAUUUUAGGGGUGCUCAUAUCAUUUCUGGGCAAGAGGAAGGGGUGUAUGGAUGGAUUACAGCCAACUAUUUAAUGGGCAAUUUCUUGGAGAAGAACGUAUGGAACACAUGGAGUCAUCCUCACGGGGUGGAGACCACAGGGGCUCUGGACCUCGGCGGGGCCUCCACUCAGAUAUCAUUCGCUCCCCAAGAGGAGGACGGGCACCGUGCCAACAGCACUGUGCAGGUGUCCCUCUACGGCUACCCCUACUCCCUCUACACUCACAGCUUCCAGUGCUAUGGCCGAGAUGAGGCUGAGAAGAGGUUUCUUGCAAGGCUCUUCCAGAAUUCAGCAGACAAAAACAAUCUGGUCAACCCUUGCUAUCCUCGGAAUUACAUGACAACUUUAACAAUGGAUCACAUUUUUGGAAGUGUAUGUACAGAAGAGUUCAGACCAACAGACUAUGACCCGGGAUACACAAUUGCCCUGGAAGGGACGGGAGACCCCACUGUGUGCAGAGAAAAGGUGUAUUCCCUGUUCGACUUUCAAGUUUGUCAUGAUCGGGAGGACUGUUCGUUCGACGGGGUCUAUCAGCCAAAGAUUAAAGGGACGUUUGUGGCUUUCUCGGGAUUCUACUAUAUCGCCCAUGCUUUGAACCUCACCGGGAGCUUUUCUUUAGAUGCCUUUAACUCAAGCACGUGGGAUUUCUGUUUGCAGAGCUGGAGUCAGCUUCCUCUGAUGUUACCCAAGUUUGACGAGGUGUAUGCCCGAUCCUACUGCUUCUCUGCUCACUAUAUCUAUCAUCUGCUAAUAUAUGGCUACAAAUUUACAAGAGAGACUUGGCCUAAAAUACAUUUUAAAAAAGAAGUGGAGAAUAGCAGCAUCGCCUGGUCUCUGGGCUACAUGCUGAACCUCACUAACAUGAUUCCAGCUGAGAGCCCCCUCAUCCAGCUGCCUAUGAAGCCCCAGGUGUUCACAGGGAUGAUGUUUUUCUUUGCUGGGGUGGCUGUGCUCUGCCUGGUUUUCCUCCUCUACCUGUGCGUGGUGGCCAGGCUGCAGAGGAGUGCCCAGCAUGUCAUCGAUCAUGGCUUCGAUGCCGAGUGAGCCUUGGAGAAGAGCAGGUCUUGGUGCCUGUGGUCUGGUCUGAGUGGGAAAGCAGCCAGGAGCAGACAAGGCAAAGCUCACCAUGGAAAAAUGAAGCAUGAGCCAUGAGAGCAGCCAAGAUCCAAGGAGGCUUCCCUCCCAGAGGCCCCUGGGCUGCGCCCUUCUCUACCCACCUGGAUGACAGUCACCACCCCCCCCACUCCGCCUCCAACCCCAUAUCCCACUGAUUAAUUUUAGGACAGGUUAGAGAAGAGAAGGGAGGGAGGGGUGUUGGACAGGAUCAGAAAACCUGGAUGUGGAUGAACCUUGGCCCUGCCACUUAGAAUCUCUGUGAAAUUGGGCAAAUCCUCUUCCCCUCUGUGGGUCUGUUACCUUGACUUCAAAAUAAGGGGGUUAGGGUAGAUGACCUUGGAGGUCCCUUUUAGCUCUAAGUAGAUGAUCCUGUGGUUCUGUGCACAUUCAAGGUCAGACCUUGCUGAAGUCUCCUAGGAUGAAGGACUUACAACUUUAAAAGAAACAUGAGACCAGAAGACACACUCCAGGGAUCAUCUUCCAUCUCACCUCCCCAAGAAAUAUACUCUGUAACUGAUGAAUUUGAAAGAAAGCAGCAUCCUUGAUGGCAGAACUGAAAUAUGGACAAGUGUACUGGGAGUAGAAUUGUAUUUUCAGAGGGCAUACUGUGCCUGGCACACAGUAGGCACUUAACAAAUGUUUGUCAAAUUAGAUUGUUCUUUGUUCAAAACACGACACUUUGUGAUGUUCCCUAAGACCUGUAAGACUUCUGAGUGGUCAAGUUGUUCUCUUAGGUCCUUCUAAUUAUUAGCUCUUAAAUGGUGCCUUGCCCUAUGGCAAGGGCUUCCUGGUAACCCUUUGGGCAUUACAUCUGUUCUUUUGGUCAUCUGGAUGUUACUCAGUCAUCACUGCUUCAGGGGUACUCUGAAGGGGAAGGCUGCUCAUCAAUCCCUACCAUAGCCUUGUAAAGCAGAGGGAUGCCAAAUGCUUCUAGGUUUACUACUUGACAAUAAAUUUCCAGCUGUUGCAGAAAUGGGAUCACCUCGUGCAGUGUUCUUAGACUAUCCCAUGCCCUAACUGUAGUCUCCUCACAGCUCCCUCUUAAACAGUUCUUAUUCAUGGCUUGUUAAUUUGGCAUAGAAUUCUUGUGUAUCAAAUCAUUCCUUGAGUUAGCCUUUUGGCUUGGGCUGUUAUCCAGCUAACAGUUGGAAAUGUAACUAGAACAUAGGUUUACAGCUGGAAAGGACCUUAGAAGUCAUCCAGUAUAUCCCGUCCUGGUAGAAGGUAAGCGCCUUGAGGGUAGGGUUGGGUUUUUUUUUGUAUUUUCUUUGUAUCCCCAGUGCCUACCAUAUACUAGGUGCUUAAUAAAUGCUUCUUGGAUUUGACUGAAUUGGAUUUUUCACUAUUCCCAUGGGCAUCCUUGAUGCCUCUGAAAAUAGAAGCUGAAUGAAAACCCUUAUCCCAUAGCUUCAUCAAUUUCUUUCCCAAGACAAUGGGCCAUGACCCUAGACUUUGGGGUAUGUGCAUCUCCUCUUAGUCCAGAGAUCCUGGAUUUAUCAGGAGGUGUGGGAAACUGCCGUAACCUUUGAAUUCAGGGCAAAGUGGAGAGAUGCCAAAACAGGACCACCUCUUACUAACACUA